AUGAACCCAGAACAGAGAAAUCAGACGUCCAUCACAGAAUUCAUCCUGCUGGGAUUCAGCACUCUCCCUGAACUGCAAAUCCUUCUUUUCCUGCUGUUUCUUAUGAUCUACAUUGCAACCAUGUCUGGGAACAUCCUCAUCGUGCUGCUUGUUGUAGCUGAUUCUCACCUUCACACCCCCAUGUAUUUCUUCCUUGGGAACUUGUCCUGCCUGGAGACCUGCUACACUUCAACCAUCCUGCCCAGCAUGCUGGCCGGUCUCCUGAGUGCCCCAAUAAACUAUUCCUGUAAUGAUCCUCAGCUGAUGGAAAUGUUGGCUUUCACUCUCAGCUUGAUUUUCUUACUGGUCCCAUUCCUACUUACCUUGAUGUCCUAUAUCUGCAUCAUUGUGACCAUCCUGAGAAUCCCUUCCACCACAGGGAGGAAAAAGGCCUUUUCCACCUGCUCCUCCCACCUCAUUGUGGUGACCAUGUAUUAUGGAACUCUACUUAUUGCCUAUAUGUUCCCCACAACCAACAGACUGAGAGACUUCAAGAAAGUUCUCUCCAUCUUCUACACUGUCCUGACUCCCCUGGUGAACCCCCUCAUCUACAGCCUGAGAAACAAAGAGGUCAAGGAGGCCCUGAGAAAAGCUAGCAGGAAAUCCAUGUUUGGACAAUGCUAA